AUGUCCAGGAGGUGGUCUUGCUUUAUUGUAUCCAUUGGUGGCCCGUUAGCGCCGUUUCGCAGCUGUUCUCACAGUUCUCAGUUCCACACGCAGAAGAAAGAGCGACUCGGCGUAGUCGACAUUUCCUCGCGCAACAUAAACGAAGAAAUGGCGUCGAAGGUUCCACUUUUCCUUUAUUUUCAUGUCACAAACAAUGCGGACGUCGCCUCCUACACGGAGCGGUUAGCGGGGCAGGUGGACGCCACAAACCGAAGAUUGCAGAACAACAAUAUGGCAGAAGUGUACCAAGAGUUUGGAAAGGACCGUGGGUUGGCAAUCAAGCUUGGACUCGUGGACUGCGUUAGGAAUGGGUCGCUAACUCAGCAGUUCAACGUGGAUCCGCACAUGUUUCCCAUAGUGUAUUUCGUGCGGAAUAAGAUUUACGCGGAUAAAAUGGUGGGUAUUGUGCCAGAAUCACAAGUGAAAGAAGCAAUUGAUGCUUUCAUCGAGUAUUCGGCUCAGGAGAGCAAGAAUGAAAUGGAGGGAACUUCAGUCUUUCAGAAAGUUAAACGUAGUGAUGAAUACGACGAAAAUGCCAUGACGCUACUGAACGCAGCCCAUACAAGGUUGAAAAAUAAAGAUAUACCUAAAGCAAGGGAACUCUUUCAGAAGGCAUACGACGUAGCAGUUACCGAGACAGAUGCCGUUUGUAAACGUCUUGGUAUCUCAAAGGAAAAGAAAGUGACCCCAGAGAUGUGGGAGGCCCUGAAGCGUGAGGGAUCUUAUAAUGCUAGCCCACAGGCACUUUGUGGGUUGGCCAUGUGUGCUAUGGCAAGUAAAGAUUCAAAGGAGGCCCAACGCAUUGUACUGAGAAUACGGGAAGAAUUCCCAUUUGCUACACGUGACCUUCGUGACGUUGCGGAAGCUGUUGUCCGCAUCGAGUUGCUUGUCAUCAGUGACUUUGACGUUGAGAAGGAUACGUAUGCCACACUCUUGACGUAUGAUGAUCUUACUAAGGACCCCGCAGCGCUGUAUCGUCAGCGUCUCAAGUUAGCCGUCGCGCACUUUGUGGAAAAACGCCACCAUAAGGGCAUUGAGGAGUGCCUUCGUCUCAUUCGUGCCGAACCAAAGUUGCUUUCUGCGUUGAAAGAAGCUGAAAUUGUACCGAAAGACACUAUCCUCGGCCCAACUACAAAAACCCCGGCGCGGCAGGUUAUUGUGGGGAUAUUUGAAGCUCUUGGAAAUAGCAACGAGCACACUAUUAAGGGUCGCGAGUUGCUGCAAGCAUACCUUUAG